UUCUUUGCCUGUCCCUGGGCCUGUGUCCCACAGUACCACUCCCAGUCCUUGAGAGGCUGAGACAGUGAGACAUGGGGAAGGGAGUAGCUAUGAGGCUCACAGCAGCAGCACUGGUGUUGGUGUGUGGCUUGACACGGGCUAUGCCAGAAUCGGAUAUACCAGGAUGCUCUGCUUCUGCAUACCCCGUCAAUUGCUAUGCAGGAAACAACAGUGGCGCCGCUUGCAGUGGUAGAGGCACCUGUGUCUGCGGCCAAUGCGUAUGUAACGAACGGGAAAGCCACAAUGAAGUAAUCAGUGGUUAUCUCUGUGAGUGUACCAACUUCCUGUGCGAUCGCUUCAAUGGACAACUUUGCGGUGGACUGGACCAUGGCACGUGUGAGUGUGACAAGUGUGUAUGCAAGCCAGGAUGGACCGGACCUGGCUGCAUGUGUGAGGACAGCAGUGCGCAAUGCAUUAACCCCGAGAGUGGACGAAAGUGUUCAGGUAAUGGAAUUUGUGAGUGCAACCAGUGCAAAUGUUAUGAGGGUAUCGAGGGAAGGUACUCAGGCAAGUACUGCGAGGAUUGUCCCACCUGCAGAGGGAAGUGUUCCCUCUACAAAGAGUGUGUGCAGUGCCAGGCGUUCCUGACGGGGAAAUAUUCAUUUGAGCAGUGCGUGACCCAAUGCACCUUGUUCAAUGUCACAGUGGUCAGCAACCUUGCCACGGAAGAAGGGGAAAGGUUGUGCACCUUCUUUGAUGAAAACGACUGUCGCUUCAAGUUUGUGUAUGGUAAUGACAAUCAUAAUGAGCCAGUGGUGCGUGCCCAGAGCACCCUUGAGUGUCCCCCAUCCAGAGGAAUAAUGGGCUUUGCCUCUCUGUCUCACCAUAUGUCCUCCUCUGGUAGUGUGGUAGUGGCACUGCUCACUCUGUCCCUUGCCCUGCUCAUGGGGUAGGUCUGGUAAUGUUACCUCCAGUGUUGUCAAGUGCCUUGCUAUGUUGUAGUGCAUUAUUAGCAUUAAGAAAUCUUAGUGAUAUUGAAUCUGGUGCUAAAUAACAGAAUUGAUGUAUUAUGUUGCUGUGCUGGUCUGUUUUUCUGACAGUGUGUUUUGUGUAAGAUUGCCUAAGGCAACAAAAAGAAGGAUCAAAAAGCCCUACAGAGGUACCAAUCACAAAAAAAAAAAAGUGUUAGUUUAUAGUUUGAUCCAACCAAUCGUUUUCUGAUGUGGCUUAUGUUUAUCUGGUGUGACAUGUAGUGACCUGAUUGGUGUUCUGCAUAAUUUUCGUUUCAAAAGGAUAGUUUUCAAGUUCUGACUU